GUGGCGCUACGGUAACCCAAUACAACAACCCCUAAAAAGAAAAUCAGAACGCACCGUUCAGGCCCUCCUCUUCACCAAGUCGCAACUGAGAGCAGUUAAAGAAGGCGCGAAACACAGAUACAGUUGGUUUCGGGGGAACCGAACCGAAAACGCCGAAAUUGGCGCAAGGCCUUUCGUGACUCACAUUUUCCAGAAACCCUAAUUGCCAUUUGGCAUUCAUGUGGUUCUUCCGUUUGUUUUCCUACUUUUUGUCUUUUCCCAUAUUCUCCAACAAACUUAGCAAAACAAAAACCAGAAAUUCACCUGAUGGUCUGUGCUCUUACUCCGCUAUUCAACGCAUUUGAUUUCAGAGGGAGCUGCUGCCUCCGGCGUGCUGGUUUCAGGGGCGGGACGUUGGGAACCAAAGGUCUUUUUGCGAUUGAGUGAUGGAAUUGGAACAUUGGAGUGGAAGCAGUAAGCAUUUGGAAACACAUCCAGAGAUCACUAAUGGAAGCGGCAGCAGUAAGCAUUCAGAAACACAUCCAGAGGUUCUUGAUGGUAGCAGAAGCAGUAAACAAUAUUUUGAAAUACAUCCAUAUCUCAUCGUCGGUAGACAAAGCAGUAGGUUUGUUGAAACACAUGUAGAGGUUAGUGAUGGAAGUGGAAGAAGUAAGCAUUCAGAAGCACAUUCAAAUGUUAUAGACAGGAUUUCAAGCAGUAAGCAUUCAGAAACGCAUGCAGAUGUUAUCGAUGGGAGUGAUAGCUUCAGGCAUUCAUCUAUUCAUCAAGAGGAUGCUGUUAAUGAUCAAGGCGAUCCACAUACCCUAGCCAAAAGGUUAGGGCCUUCUUCUUCUUCAUCUUCAUCAGACUUGUCAUUGGAAGAUCUCGUCCAAAUAGAUAAAAAUGAAAUCCACAAGUCUGGAGCACAAAUUGCUUCCUUCCCUGAUCCUGACGAAGAUAGUCAGCGAGCAUUAAAAGAUGAAAGUGAUAUUUCCAGUAACAGAUCUUCCAUAUCAGAAGAAAAGGACAAUGUCUCUCCAGGUCCCACAUCAACUUCUCAAGUUUCUGAUAUAACCCAUGAAUUAGUGGCGCAUGGUAUGCCAUUGACACAAUCUCCUCAGAUACAAGUGAUGGAUCAGUCAGGAGGAUAUGAUCCUGAUAGGAUUCCCUCUUCCGUGUUUGCAAUAAGUAAAUCCACAACACCAAUGGAAUGGAGUGUUGCUUCCAAUGAAUCAUUAUUUAGCAUUCACAUAGGGAACAAUAGUUUCUCCAAAGAGUCGAUCAUGCUCAGCCCACACCCUCCAGUUCCAGUGGCUGCAACUGACACAGAGAAUAUCAAAAUAGGUAAGGAACAGUCUGGAGCUACUGUAGUGGCUGAUGAGACUGUUAAGGAUGCAGAAAGAGUAAGUGCGCAAGCUCAAAGUGAAGAAAAUUUGCCAACUCCAACAUCUUUGAAUUCCUCUAGCCUCUCCCACCAUUCAGAUGGAAGUGGUAUCAGUGCACGCUCAUUUGCUUUCCCCAAUUUGGAUGAAGGGGGAAUAAGUGAUUCUCUCGAGACAGAUGGAGAGAAGCAACAUCAGGAGCCACCAGCCCCCAAAAUGGCUUCAACAAAUUCAACUCCCAAAUAUUGGUUUCCUUUCCUUUCUUGGUGCCCAUGGGGUUGUCACGGUUGUUCUUGUCAUUGUUGUUGUUAGCAAAGUGAGUGUUACAAACUAUAAAGCGUCCUUGUUCAUAAUCAGUAACUAGCCAUCUCCUUUGGGUACUUAGAACUGAGGAAAGAAUAAAACGUGGAUUCAGGUUUGUUGAAUUUUUUA